ACAAAAAUUAGUGAUGGGAAGAUGAGGAUGUUGAGAUGGUUGUGAAAAUACUAGAAUAGAAUAAUAAACAUUUACAUUUAUAAACAAUUAAUUAUAGGUUCAAUUGGGGAUACAUUGAUGAAAAAAUAUUUAAAAUGGUGCAGACGGACAGACACAGUUAGAGGAGGUGAAAUAAUUAUGAUUAGUGUUGUGAGUUUGUGAGAGGUAGAAAUAGCUAAGAAAACUUUAUUAAAAACCAUGAAAAAUGAUUUGAUGUCUUAGUUUGACUAGAUAUACUACCCUCGAUAAAGGUAAUUGGUGGAACAGGAUUUGUGCUACAUGGUUCAAGUUAGAUCUUAGGAGAUUAUAUCUACAAAUGCAAAAAUAAGAAUGUUUAGAUGUGUGGAGUUAAUAGAAAAAGAGUAGAAAAUUUUACAUCUGUGAACAUUUAGGUGUAGGUCCAAUCAAGGAUAAAUUGACGAAAAUUAACUCAAGAUGAUGAAUCAUAUUCGAAGAGAAAUUAUAGAUGCAUUGCUUGGAUGAGAUGAAUUAACGAUUGAUUAGUAUAAUGAGCAAAGAUAGAGGAAUACUUAUGUAUACUUUAUUAAAAACCAUAAAAUGUUUUGUUGUUCUUAGUUUGACUAGCGAUAUUGCCCCCAACUGAGUUCAAUGGCAGAAUAAGACCCAUAUAUCCAACUUCUAAUAGUCAAAUAGUUUUUGCAUUAUGACUUAUUGUUGUCAUAUCAUAUUGGUUUUUUUUCUAGGACACAAAAUUUGUCAUUUCAUCCUUUAUUUAAGUUUUGAUCAAAAUGGAGAAGAAGAUACUUGCUUUAAGCGAAGAAAUAACACAAUGACAUAUACCAAGUAAUGCAAUUUUGUUCGGACCGGAUGUAUUGUCAUAUUUAUCUGUCCAGGCAUAAAUCAACAAUGCACACUCCCUAAUUUUCGGUGGUCCACAUGCGGUAUGGUGCUUAUCACUUGUUCCAGGCCCACAGUCCUGGUAAUGAGUUUGGACCAGGCAGUAAGCCUGUUUUCUUUGUUUUCUGUGUUGGUGGUAUUCCUCUCAUCAACCUUAUCUGCCAUGAGCACCUCCUCAUCUUCCUUGGCUGCAGCCUCUUCAUCUUGCUUGGUUGUGGUCUCCUCCUCAUCUUCCUUGGUUAACAUCUCCUCAUUUUCCUUGGCCGCCGUUGGCUCCUCCUCCACCACCUCCUCUACUCCUCUGUUUUUUCUGCCACCUUCUCCCUUCUUCUUCUUUGCCUCCUCUCCUCCUCUUCCUUCUAUACUUCUUUUCUUCUCCCUUCUGGUACCAUGGUACAUAACAGCAUACCACGAGUCAGUAUGUUCAUUCAUACUAGAACCAUAGCGGUGCAGCCAAUGACUACCAUAGGUCCGUUGCCCAAAAUUGUUAGAACAAAUAUAUGAGGAAUCGUGAGGAUAUAGGGAGAGUGCACGUGUUCGAAGCUCCCUUCACUCCACCCAAGAAGGAAAGAUGAUAUCAUCUUCACCUCUCCUCGGGUGGAGAGAAGGGAUCUCCGAUCACCCCUACCUACUUUCUCAACCUUCAAAAAUGAGGGAGCCAAACAUCUGAAGACCACCGUCUCCCGAGGGAGAACCUAUAACCGGAGAUAUUUCAAACGUGACACGUAUGGAAAUUACUGCAUGUGUGUCACGUAUGUGGUGACGUGACACACACAGAUCCGUGUCAGGCGUUGCUUGAUCCGAAGUGUUCAAAGCACAAAGUAUAGGUGUGUCACGUAUAGGUGUGUCACCACAUACGUGACACGUAUGGAAAUUACCGCAUGUGUGACACGUAUGGAAAUAUGCAUGCAUGCAUUGAAGUGAUGAUAUAUGUUGGUGUGCUGCCUGAUAUCGGAAACCCUAGUUGGCAGGUUGGACAAUAGUGUAUGCAAGUAUGAGAUGGAGAUAAUAUAUCUUAAAUAAGCUCUUUGUAGUUUUCUGAGCACUCAAAGCCAGCAACAAGUAACUAAUGUACAGUGUCAGAUCUCCCACUGUUUGAUCUAUAGAUGCAAAUUAACAUCAUCUGAUUCUAAAGCAGAGAUUACUUCAUACAUCCUAUACCAAACAACACACUCCAAUAGCAAUUUUGGAGGCACUUGUUGAGAUUAUUUACAAGUACACAAAUUUAUUAGAAAAUUUGUUAUUUAUUAUACAUUUCAAGAGCAAUUUUAGCAAUUAAGAAGAAUUAUAUCCAUAUACUAUGAUAAUACUUAUUAUCAUUUGACAAUAAAGAUCAUAAUCCAAAUCAUGGAAGAACAAAAGAAAUCAUAUAGGAAUAACCUUAUCUAAAUUCUCAAAAUAAUGAUGAAUAUGCGACAAUUGCUAAGCCAACUGAUGUAUGAUGAUGAUGAUAUUACUGUUAUAACGAGCUUGUAAAUUUGUAAUACUGGUUUCAGUUACUUCUUUUCUACUGUAAAAAAUAAAAAUAAAAAUAAGAAAUUAGCGCCAAUAAAUUAAGCUAUAUAUAUAUAUAUAUAUAUAUAAAUGAAAAAAAGGGAAAAAAUACGAGCAUGAUAGCCAAUUAGUGAUCGUACUACGUGGUGGCCCCCACCACCUUGGGGAGAUCUGCGUGUGAGGCAACCCAUAAGCCGACGGUCGGGGCCACCUUUUAGCCGAGCUAAAUAUUCUUUUGUGUCUAUCGACACCCAAACAACGUUUACCCACAAUGACAACUCACUUAUACGUGGGGCCCGUAGAGGUAUGGACGCGCCACUUUCUCUACGGGUCUAUUGUUUGGUCGAAAUUUCACGUGUCACUAGAUGCUCAAUUAUUUCUGCUUCCUUAGCCUUUCGAACAUUAUCAUCCUUUACUCCGGUUCGGAAACUUACCCACGAAAACACCCGACUGAUGAUUGCAGAGAAAAGUGGGUCCCGCGGGACCGGCAAGUGAUGGUGAGAACGGUAACGCUCAUGAGUACAGAAUAAAAGUACUGCUUAGCUUUAAUUUUUCUUUUUAUCGGUUCCUUCGUCCGGUAGAGAAGAAACUCGAGAAGAGGGACGGCCGUUCAGGAAUCUCGUCGACGGCUUUAGGCAGCUCUUGACGGAACCCUAGAUCCGGGAACCGGAAACCCCCAACACUGAUGCGGAUUCCUCCGCAAGCAAUGCUAGUUUUCGUCCCAUCAUAGGAACUGCUCCUGGAGUGGACAUUGAUGGGAAGAACAACAGCGAGCCAGGUAAAUUAUCAGGGCAACCAGCCAAUGGAGCCUUCUCUCAGAGGUAUAUCAAAAAUAGGUUUGAUUGUCAUCAUUUUAUUUACUACAUUUAGGACGACACUGUUUGCAAAAUAUAUGUCAUCCCUUUUCUAAAAGAACUGAUUUUUUGUAGUGGUGAAAGUGGAAGUGAGAGUUCAAGUGAAGGGAGUGAUGCCAAUUCUCAGAAUGGAACUGCUCCUGGAGUGGACAUUGAUGGUAAGUCAUCUGUAGGUAAGGAAAGAAGUCCCCUGAAAAGAUCCAAAGGAAGUUUAGGUAGUUUAAAUAUGAUUACAGGGAAGAACAACAGCGAGCCAGGUAAAUUAUCAGGGCAACCAGCCAAUGGAGCCUUCUCUCAGAGUGGUGAAAGUGGAAGUGAGAGUUCAAGUGAAGGGAGUGAUGCCAAUUCUCAGAAUGGAACUGCUCCUGGAGUGGACAUUGAUGGUAAGUCAUCUGUAGGUAAGGAAAGAAGUCCCCUGAAAAGAUCCAAAGGAAGUUUAGGUAGUUUAAAUAUGAUUACAGGGAAGAACAACAGCGAGCCAGGUAAAUUAUCAGGGCAACCAGCCAAUGGAGCCUUCUCUCAGAGUGGUGAAAGUGGAAGUGAGAGUUCAAGUGAAGGGAGUGAUGCCAAUUCUCAGAAUGGAACUGCUCCUGGAGUGGACAUUGAUGGUAAGUCAUCUGUAGGUAAGGAAAGAAGUCCCCUGAAAAGAUCCAAAGGAAGUUUAGGUAGUUUAAAUAUGAUUACAGGGAAGAACAACAGCGAGCCAGGUAAAUUAUCAGGGCAACCAGCCAAUGGAGCCUUCUCUCAGAGUGGUGAAAGUGGAAGUGAGAGUUCAAGUGAAGGGAGUGAUGCCAAUUCUCAGAAUGGAACUGCUCCUGGAGUGGACAUUGAUGGUAAGUCAUCUGUAGGUAAGGAAAGAAGUCCCCUGAAAAGAUCCAAAGGAAGUUUAGGUAGUUUAAAUAUGAUUACAGGGAAGAACAACAGCGAGCCAGGUAAAUUAUCAGGGCAACCAGCCAAUGGAGCCUUCUCUCAGAGUGGUGAAAGUGGAAGUGAGAGUUCAAGUGAAGGGAGUGAUGCCAAUUCUCAGAAUGGAACUGCUCCUGGAGUGGACAUUGAUGGUAAGUCAUCUGUAGGUAAGGAAAGAAGUCCCCUGAAAAGAUCCAAAGGAAGUUUAGGUAGUUUAAAUAUGAUUACAGGGAAGAACAACAGCGAGCCAGGUAAAUUAUCAGGGCAACCAGCCAAUGGAGCCUUCUCUCAGAGUGGUGAAAGUGGAAGUGAGAGUUCAAGUGAAGGGAGUGAUGCCAAUUCUCAGAAUGGAACUGCUCCUGGAGUGGACAUUGAUGGUAAGUCAUCUGUAGGUAAGGAAAGAAGUCCCCUGAAAAGAUCCAAAGGAAGUUUAGGUAGUUUAAAUAUGAUUACAGGGAAGAACAACAGCGAGCCAGGUAAAUUAUCAGGGCAACCAGCCAAUGGAGCCUUCUCUCAGAGUGGUGAAAGUGGAAGUGAGAGUUCAAGUGAAGGGAGUGAUGCCAAUUCUCAGAACGGUUGGUGCUCUUUCUUAUGUUGCUGAGACAUGGUGAUAUAAAACACACAGUACUGGACUAUUGUCCUCAUCCGACUACCUUUGGAAGUGUUAAAAUUUUGAAUUCGAUUGAUAUUGGUUGGAUAUUUUCUCUCUUCUUAUUUUGUUAACUUUACUAUGAGACACAAUAAUGCUGCUCAUGAGAUUCCUAA